GAAAUCCCAGAGGGCACUUCUGUUUUUGUUCAUUCCAGUUUUUGUGCAUGCGUCAUUCAGAUCAUGAGACUGGCUCUUGCAUUUCCCUGUACGUCCAAACCACAAAGUUCAAACCAAAUUCCAGUUGUUAAAUAGACAUGAGUUCCUUUCAUCCUGGGGUGCUGCUUUUCUUAAAACUGAUCAGUCUUGUUUCAAGCCUGCAGUUUGGAACAUCAUCGUUUUCCCAGGUGCCUUUCCUCACUGUGUGGAACGCCCCCACUGCCGACUGUCUGUCUCAAUAUGACGUGGACCUUGACUUGGGCAUGUUCGGUAUUGUCCAUAACCAGAAUGAAACCUUUAUAGGUGAAAACAUAACCAUCUUUUACGCUGAAAAGCUUGGUCUGUAUCCCAGGUACUCCAGCCAAGGAGUGUCUCUCAAUGGUGGGGUGCCACAGAACGGCAAUCUUACCGAACACCUCAGAGUGGCCUCUGAAGAUAUCCACACCUUUAUCCCUGACCUGGAUUUCCAGGGACUGGCUGUGGUGGACUGGGAGAGCUGGAGACCUAUAUGGGAAAGAAACUGGGAUAGUAUGCAGGUGUACUGGAAGGUGUCAAAAGAACAAGUUAGGUCCAGGCAUCCAGACUGGAGCAGUGCGCAGGUAGAGGCUGCAGCACGGCUGGAGUUUGAGCAAGCUGGGAGGAAAUUCAUGGAGGAAACACUGAAACUGGGGCGUAAGGAAAGACCAAAUGGACUGUGGGGUUACUAUGGUUUUCCCAACUGUUACAACUACUACAGAGAUAAAAUCUCAAACUACACAGGGGAGUGUCCGGAUGUGGAGAUUAAGAGGAACAACGAGCUGUUGUGGUUAUGGAACGUCUCCUCUGCUCUUUAUCCUGAAAUCUACCUCAGCCUGGACCUGCGAGGCCUUGGCAAAGAAGUCCUCCUCUACACUCACUACCGCAUCCUGGAGGCCAGGAGAGUAGGAGCUCAAUCAGCGCUGCCCGUGUUCCCGUAUGCUCGCAUUGUUUACACACACACGUUAGAUUUCCUCACUCAGGAGCACCUGGUCUACACGAUUGGAGAGAGUGCUGCAUUAGGAUCUGCAGGGGUAGUGCUUUGGGGUGACCAUGCCUUCUCAAAAUCUGAGGCAACUUGUAAGGCUAUCAAAUCCUACAUUGACAACACUCUGGGUCCUUACCUGGUGAAUGUAACAGCUGCGGCCACCCUCUGCAGCCAGGCCUUGUGUUCCUCUAAGGGAAGGUGCCAGAGGAAAAACCUGAACUCAAGAGCCUACCUCCACCUCGAUCCUGCCGUGUGGAAGGUGGUGUCUGAGAAGAGACCAGGGGGGUGGCACAAGUAUACAGUGUUAGGACAGAUGAAAACGCACAAGAUGACGCUCAUGAAAUCUGAGUUUCAGUGCAACUGUUACCGUGGGUGGGCUGGUGAGAGCUGCUCUGAACCCACUGAGGGAUAAAAGACUUAACUCGAUGGAGUUAAUUUAAAAAAGAAGAAAAAAAGAACUGAACUUCAGGUGAAAGAGUUCCUGUGAUCUCCUUUGAAUGGAAAAUUCCAAACCUUUGAUGAUUGUGCUUUCUUAAGUAAUCAUGUUUGUAAUUCACUUAAUUUGUAUGGGAGAUAAUGAUGAAGUUUUUUUUUAGUAAAUAGUCCUGUAUCACUGUA